CAAACAUUUCCUUUCCCCUGUAUCUACGUUUACUUUACGUGUAAAAAAAUAUAACCUAUAAAAUUUGUAAUGUUUUCAUUUGCACGAAUACAAACGUUUAAGUAACAAUCGAUUCACUCUCUAAAGACAAACUAUCUUUAAUAGUUUCUAUUUGUGAAGAGAAGUAAUUUAGUGAAAAAUCUUUAUGCCGAAACGAAAAUUUGAAGAUAUUCUUACGGAGGAAAAAGUGUGGUCAGAAGCUCCAAUAAACAAAUCAACAAGUAUGGAUAAGAAGAAAAAUUCAUUAGACUCUGAUGAAGAAGACGAUGAUGCUAAUGAAGCUAAUUACAACGUUAUGCAUGAGAAUGACUUUGAAGGUGUUGAAGAAGGUCCAAUGUCUAAAGAAGCUAAAGUUGGAUUCACUGCAUUCAAUAUGAAAGAAGAAUUAGAAGAGGGGCAUUUUGAUAAAGACGGUCAUUAUCUCUGGGACAAGGAGAAAAAAAUUCGCGACAAUUGGCUGGAUAAUAUCGACUGGAUUAAAAUAGAACCUAGAACUGGAACUAGUGAAGAUAAUGCUAAUAAGGAUGGUGAUGAUAAUGGAGAGAAAGGAAUUGCUGAUAGUGAGAGUGAUGAUGAAGCUGAAAGCAAUUUGAACUUCAAUCCGACAGAAUUAUACAAGCAAAUAUUCGAAUAUUUAAAACCAGGAGAAACAGUUUCUAAAGCUUUGUGCAGGCUUGGAAAAGGAAAAAAGCCCAUUUCAUCAGCAGAACGAUGGAAGCGCAAAAAGGCAGGGUUAAGUGAAACUGAUGAAAAUUCAGAAAAAAUCAUAAAACUGACUGAGUUAGCUAAUACAUUAUUGACUCGCACUGGCAAUAUGGAUAUUUAUCAAGAAACUUACGAAGCGAUAAAGAGAAAAAUUGAAUCGGCUGAUAAUAAAUCACUUGCUGCGAAGCCAGCUGAAUUAGACAUGUAUUCUGAUGAUUUUGAUACAAAAGAGCAGAAUAAGCUAACUAAAAAUGAAGUGAAACCAAGUGGCGAAUCAUCGGGGAGCAAUAGCAUUCAAGAUCAAGAUAAUACAGAGAAUAUAGUGAAGUGGGAAUUGAAAUGGUCGCAGAAUGAUGAUGCAGAAAUAAAUGGUCCCCACACAACAGAACAAAUGUUCUCUUGGGCAAAAGAAGGUUAUUUCAAAAGUGGCGCGUGGGUGAGACGUGCUGGACAGGCUGGAGAAUUCUAUAGUGCUUCAAGAAUUGAUUUUGAAUUAUAUUUAUAAGCAUUAGCUUUACUUUAAAGUUAGAUUUAAGCUAUAUAUGGCACUGCGAUAAAUAAUAUUUUUUUUUCUAUUCUACUGUAAACUAGGCCGAAGUGCUGUAAGAUGUUCAAGAAGUUUGAAAGUUUUCUACCGGGUAAAAAAAAAUAUUUUUCCCUAGUGAAAUAAAUUCUCUACUUAGCUCUAAAUUUAAAUUGAGUCUAAUUUUUUAUAAAUAAAUAAAAAAUAAAGAGAAUGUCUUUUUAUAAUUAGUUAUUACGCUCUACAUGUUUGAAAAACAAUUUAUCAUUUUGGAGAUAAAAAUCAUCAAUAAACUAGAAAAACAAGGAAGUAGUAUACACAUAUUUUCCAACAGCAAUAAAUAAUUAUUACAACAGAUAUAAAAAAUUUAAAUACUAGAACACGUAUGAUAAUGUGUAAAAUAGUAUAUAACGAUUGUUCAUUAUGACCCUCUUAUAAAAUGCAUAAAUAAGUAAAGAACAAAAAUUAAAAUUCAAGUAUUUCAACAGGACGUUACUAACGAGCUGAAUGUGUAUACCAACACAGAGCAUUGAAAGAUUUUAUUUCACUAAUUUACAAUUCAUGAAAUAAACAUACGUUAUGUUUCGUAUGAUAAUGAAUUUGAAAAAAAAACUCACAUUCUAUUGUAUUUUCAUUGGGAGUAGGUAAAAUACUAAUUAGGCACAAUUUAUUAAGUAUAUUUUUAUUUCAAAAAACAUAACAUUAUUAUAAAUUAAUAAAUAAAUAUACUGUUUAUAAUACAAGUUGAGUUAUGUUAUAAAUUAU